AUGGCCGAUAUACAACCUGCCCGCCCCAGCUCAGGGGAGGACAAGUCCAAAGGCCCCAUCGGUGGUGACCACGUAGAGACCAGGAAUGGCGGACCUGCAGAGAAGCCGCUCAACGAAAAGGAGGCCCUCGAGUACGCCCGCAACGGCGGCGACAGCGAGAUGAACAGCCUGAUAUCGAGUCUGGAGCGCGAGCUCGAGGCCCAGGGUGGGCUGAGGAACGGCUUCUUCGACCUCCAGUUCAAGAACACAAAGUACUUCAACUGGAUGAUCAUCGCCUUUGCCUCCAUGGGAGGCAUGCUCUCGGGUCUCGACCAGUCCUUGAUCUCGGGUGCCAACCUGUUCCUCCCUCAGGACUUGGGUUUGAACUCCCGCGAGCUCAGUCUGGUCAACUCUGCCAUGCCUCUCGGUGCCGUCGGUGGUGCCUUGAUACUGAGUCCCUGCAAUGAGUUCUUUGGCCGUCGCAUGUCCAUCAUGAUCUCUUGCUUUUUGUACACUGUUGGUGCUGCGCUCUGCGCCGGUUCUAUCAACUUUGGCAUGAUCGUGUCCGCUCGUGUCAUCCUCGGUAUGGGCGUCGGUCUCGAAGGAGGUACCGUCCCUGUCUACGUCGCCGAGACUGCCGAGCGCCGGAUCCGUGGUAACGUCGUCUCCCUGUACCAGCUCAACAUCGCCCUGGGUGAGGUCCUCGGCUACGCCGUGGCGGCAAUCUUCCUGCAUGUCGAGGGCAACUGGCGCUGGAUCCUGGGCAGCUCGCUUCUCUUCUCAACCAUCAUGUGGGCCGGCAUGCUCUUCCUCCCCGAGAGCCCACGCUACCUGAUGCACAAGCGCCGCACGCUCGACGCCUUCAGGGUGUGGAAGCGCAUCCGCGGCACCGACACCCAGGAGGCCCGCGAGGAGUUCUUCAUAAUGAAGGUCUCGGUGCUCGACGAGCAAAACGCAGUCAACGAGACGGCCCGCAACAAGCGCUUCCCCUGGAUGGACUUCUUCACCGUGCCGCGGGCAAGGCGCGCGCUCGUCUACGCCAACAUCAUGAUCCUGCUCGGCCAGCUGACCGGAGUCAACGCCAUCAUGUACUACAUGUCGGUGCUGAUGAAGCAGAUCGGCUUCAACGACGAGAAGGCCACCUACAUGUCUCUGGUGGGCGGCGGUUCCCUCCUCAUCGGCACGAUCCCGGCCUGUUUGUACAUGGAGAAGUUUGGCCGACGAUUCUGGGCAAACACCAUGCUGCCGGGCUUCUUCGUCGGCUUGGUCAUCAUCGGCGCCAGCUACCACAUCCCCAUCGACACCAACACCACCGGCGCCGCGGCGUGCUACCUGGUCGGCCUGGCGCUGUACAUGGGCUUCUUUGGCUGCUAUGCCUGCCUGACCUGGGUGGUGCCGUCCGAGGUGUACCCGACGUACCUGCGGUCGUACGGCAUGACGACGUCCUCCGGCCUGCUGUUCCUGGCGUCCUUCGUCGUGACGUACAACUUCACGGCCAUGCAGGAGGCCAUGACGCGCACGGGUCUGACGCUCGGCUUCUACGGAGGCAUCGCCGUGCUGGGCUGGUUCUACCAGCUCAUCUUCAUGCCCGAGACCAAGGACAAGACGCUCGAGGAGAUCGACGAGCUCUUUGAGCGCCCGACGAGGGAGAUUGUGUCGGAGAACAUGCGCAACCUGUUUGGUCGCAAGAAGAGCCGCGAUGAUGCUGCUGCGGCGGCGGUGAAAGAGGGCAAGGCUGAUUUUGCUUAA